AUGUCGAACCACAUUGGCUACUGCUACUCUCGGAAUUUGUGCACGCCAGUCUACUGUGUUCCUUAUGUCGACGCUCGCUGGCAUUACAUCUCGUUGACGGGGACGGAGCCACGGUACAUCCUUCCUCGCACGCUACAUGAAAGUGUCCUGGGGACGUCUAGUGCAACGUCCGAGGGCACCAUGUCUAUCAUUGCCAACAUGUCGUCAAUCAGUUGCCAUCAUCCACGGGCAGUCUGUCAGCGACGAACCCAAUCGACAGUGUCAGAACCGAAUCAACGACCAGGGCCAUCAGAUCAUCAUGGCUUGGUGAUUGAGUCUUCCGAUACUCCCGACCCGGUUGAGCCGCAAUGGGAAAGAAUUUUGGAUGACGCUUUCGUCUAUGGCAUCCGAAGCAAAGACCGACUGCUGUUCGAAGCAGAUGUCGGACGCCAUGGCAGUAUAGGGACGCGACUCGUUGACCGGCCACCGGCUCGUCGAAACUUCGACAUAUGGCGCCUAUUGCUACGAGCUCAAGCGCUGCAAAAUGGUCACGACGGAAUCAAAGCCAUCUGGAACGGACUCCAGUCUCGCGGCCAGGCCAUCAGGUUCGACGACACGGAUCCCCAGGUCGACGCUCUGUGGCGGAUUUUCCUGUCUGCCGGCGCCUCGGAUCAUGGGUUCCUAUGGUCGUUGUGCAAGGUGGCCAGACGUGCCAAAUUCGAUCGGCCAGCCCUCUUCGUCGAGAUAGUAGGGACUGCUUUAGAGGGCAGCUCACCUGACAAAGCCGUCAGCUUUGCAUCCUUCCUCAUGAAGACCCAUUACAGAGGCAGAGACGAUCUCUUGGCCAUCUUCGAUUCUGCUUGUCGCUCCAACGCCGCUGACAGCCUCAAACACUUCUGCAAGAUCUAUGAGAUUGUACCGAAAACCUCAAUCUAUAGCGACGUCGCAACGAGGUUAUGGGAGCAAGAGCGCUCUGCAGAUGCGUUUAUAAUGCAUUCUUUUCUGGUCUCAAAGGGCGAUUUACCUCCACGCUUUGAAGUGAUCGAGCCUUUCCUGAGCUAUUUAGCAGCCCAAGAUGAGAAUAAUCUCGACGAGUUUCUGGUUUCACUUGGGUCUGCAGGGGCAUCGUUUGAAUCUCAGGCUCGACGCUUCUGGUCGCGUGAGCGGAGCAGGGUUACCGGGUUGUCUUUGGAGUCUUUGAACAUUGUUGCCAGCAACACGCUUGGCGUGAACCCGAAGAAGCUGAGCGAUCAAUUCGUCGCUCGCGCGUUCGCCACAAGGGCGUUUUCGUUUGAUUUCAUCGUCAACAGUUUGCGGAUGGUGGGCCUGAUCGAGGUAGGACCUCUGGCUGUCCGUCAAGCGGCACUGACCGCACCCGACCUCGCCACGCUGCAAGCACGAUUCUCCAAAUUUGAUGAGUUAGGCAUCGACACAGGAUCAUCGGCAUUCGUGCGGAUCCUCAGGAAAGUGUGCAACGCCGGACGAUGGGAAAUGGCUCACGCCCUGGUCCACAAUGAUCUACACUACGAAGUUUUCGAGGAUUCUCUUCUGCAAGAACGACUGCUGGCAGAAUACUACCGGACCCAAGAUUGGGAGCAACUAAAUCGGACACUUGUCAUCCUCAACAACGGGGACUUUGACGACAAAGCUCAAGCGAAUGCUGGAUCCCUUUUGAUCAAGAUCAUGCUUGAAGCAGGUGACUGGGCGCAAGCCUUGAAGCUGAUUCGGAAUCUACAGACCAGAAACCUGCCGAUAUCAUCGACCGUCGCGCGUUCCAUAGUCCAACUACUCAAACAACCGCAAUUAGUCAAAUCCGCUGCCCUUGACUCAGAAACCGACGAUCGGAUUGCUUUCUUGAUCGGUUCGUUGCAAGACAUAUUCGCGUCAGGAACAAAGUUUGAAAUCACACUUUGGCGCUGGCCUCUCCGAGCACUAGGCAGUCUCGGUCGACAGAAAGAAUUGGAAUGUUUGGUGUAUUGGAUUGCCGAACAAUACACACCCAAGCCAAUGAAAACCAAGAAAAAACGUGGCAACCAGCCUAAAAAGGCAGAACUUGAACGUCCCAAGUUUGGUCAUGUCUUGGAACCCCUCUUUGGAGACAAGUUCCAGAAAGCCCUUGUGUCCUGGUGUUUCUUGCCUCAUAAGGGCAUGACGACCGUCUCGCCGGAACAAUGCUUGCGAUGGACUCGCAUCCUCAAGAGACUAAGGGAUGUUUAUGGCGUUGAGGUCAAAGAAUAUAAUGUCCGCUGGAUGUUUAUUCGUCGUCUACGCUGGCUGUUCGCCUCAGGUAUUCGACUAAAGGGACACAAUUUGCGCAUGCGUCUGAGGAACACUACUUCUGCUCAUCGCUACUGGCAGUUGUAUGAUAAAAUGUGGGAUAUGAAACCACCUGCAAAUCUCGGCGAUGAUCGUGGCGAGCUCGUCAAGUAUAUGAAACGGCUGAAGACACCUCCUGGUACUACAACUGAAGGACAGUCCGAGUCUCAAGAAUCGGAUGAAGACGAUGAUGAUGCCUUUGAAGGUCUUCAAGAAGAGGAUGGGGAGAAGGAGGAUAUUGUAGGGUAUCGAGACCUCUUCCAUGCUUCGUGGGAAGAUUAUCAGAAAUUGAAAUGA